AUGUCAGGCGACCCGUACCCGAUCGAUAUGCCUCUCGAGAGACCAGAUAUUGGGUUCAACGGUCAUCAAAUGACCCAGUGGAAGAAUGGACACAAGUCUCCUGCUCCAGAUGACCAUGGAAUUUCCGACCCGGAAGCACAAGAGCCGAAACCCCAGCAGAAAGAGUGGUUCGGACAUAUGAUGGCCCGCGCACUUGGUACCGGGCCGAGUGGCUGGCCUCGCAUCGCCGCAUUCGUGGAUAGCGAUUCCACGUUCAGGAUAUAUCGACGGUUCGGCUUUCUCAGGACUCGUCUGUUGCUAUACCACCAAGAUAUCCUCGCAGAAAUGGAGGCGAAACUGGACUGGCUGGAUCGUGAUGACGCUCGGUCGCCAGAAAUGCAAAGAUACCUUUCGAGUAGGCGCGAGGAUGACUUACGACAGGGUUCACCCCGCAAGGCCCUGUUCCAAGACAUAGAGAGUCAGCUUGAGAUAUAUGACAGCCUCCUCAAGCGCUCGGCGCAGAUAUACCAGCUCGAGGAAGCGCCCAGCAAGCAUCGGCAGGCCGUCGUAAACCAUAUUUGGAGUGACGGCACCAUCAAGGAGCGAGACAGGGAGUAUAUCCUGCAUGCGGACGACCUCGUCUACCUCAACGCCGAUACUGAGGCCAGCUGGGUCCAUUGGUUUGUCGGAUAUCUGCUAUACCACACGGGGCCGAUCUUGAUGAAUAGAUUUCGUACCCAAGUCCAAAGGCUCAAGCUUAAGCAGGACAGGAUGAGCAUUUCCCUGUACGAGAAGAGGAGAUUCAACAAGUUCGUCAACGUGCUGUUCACUAUCAUCAUUGUGACACUCGUCAUGGGCCCGGUAAUGGUUCUGUACAGACUCCGUGAUUCGAAUGGGUACGUCCGUAAUGCAGCGGCGGUGAUAUUCACCGCAUCAUUUGCUCUGCUUUGCUCCACGGCGACGAAUGCCAAAAGGCAGGAGGUUUUCGCCGUAACGGCGGCGUGA